GAUGCAGAUAGUUUUUGCGCAUCUCAGGAGAAACUGUGAGUGAUUUUCCGGUAAGAAGCCAAGCUGCGGAUGAAGUUAGAAGUUCGGUUAUUUUAUUACUAUUUGCUGCCUUCAAAGUUGCCUCCCGUUAGCUAGUGUCCGAUAUAAUUAUAAAAGCAUUUGCCAAGGUUUGGAGUCUCGGCCGUCUCCGCUCGGUGUACGGAUGCCGUGCGCCCUCCUGGCUCUCCAGGCGCGUCUGCAAAUGGCACCUCUUAAUGUAACGCCGCGGGAAAGUGUUUCCACCUGCAGAAGCAAGUGUUAAAGGUGAUAACAAAAGGUUGACGUCACCGGGCUCGUCCUGAUCCUGCCGCACAACCUCGACCACUGAGGAGGUGGAGUGCAGGAGGAGUAGUUUCAGAGGACGAGAGCGGCUUUUUUUUUUAAAAAAAAAAUGCUAGGACGUCUAAUGGUUCGUGUCUGGAAGGAAAAGGUCUAUCUCUGAUCAGAUUUCGGGUAUCCUAAGGGCGCACUUAACUAAUGGGAUCCUAUCGACGUUUCUCCCCCUCCGAGCCCAGUCUUUACACCGCGGAAUGUUAAUGUUGCCACAGCCUGUCCGUGUUGUCUGUGGCUGCUCUGCUCUUAUUGUUGUAAUCGGUCUGUAAUGUCAUGGAGCUUGUGACGGAUUUGCUUAAAAGGCGAGUCUGCUGUGACUGACUGGACUAUGGAAGUUAUCGGCUUUACGCUGCACAUGUGUGAGGAGAAGUGUGUGUCCCAUGUUGCAUUAGUGUCUGUGUGAAAUGCUGGCCUGUCUGCCAGGGCCAGGUGACCUCCCCCUCCAGCUUCUCCCCCACACGCAGAUGAACACUGGACUUCAGAAAUGGGACACCACACAAAGGAUGAGAUCCGCUCCGUUUCCAACUCCUGCAGAAUUGGAUGCAUAUGCUAAGAAGGUUGCCAACAAUCCCCUCACCAUCAAGAUCUUCCCCAACAGCGUUAAGGUCCCCCAGAGGAACCACGUGCGCCGUACCGUUAACGGGCUGGAUACAUCAGGCCAGCGCUACAGCCCCUACCCUUCCUCUCAGGCCAGUGCCAAGACAGGCCUCCUCGCCAUUGUCAAGGUGCCCACUGUCAAAGGCAUCCUGAAAGAUUUUGACGGCAGUCGGGCUCGCUUGCACCCUGAAGUCAUCAUGAACCCUCCAACGGGACCCUAUCAAGUGGCUUCAACCAGCACUUUAAACCACCAGGUGCAGAACCUUCCCCGACCCCAGCAGAGUGUACCCCUUCCACCGCAGGAUCCCCCUCAGACUGUACAUAUAUCCCUCCCUCAGCAGCAGGUUCACACCCAGAGUCUCAGACAACCUCCCCCUAUGGCCCAGCAUCCUCAGGGCCCACCCAGACUCCAGACUCAGUCCCAACACCCAGCUCUUGGGCACCCACAGGGGCCACCUACUGUCAUGCUCCAGCAGCAGCACCUUCAGCAGCAGCCACCACCUGGCCUGCAGGGGAGCCGAAAGCUUCCCGACGGCGAUGCACCGCCUAAUGUUACUGUCUCUACCUCAACCAUUCCACUCUCUAUGGCUGCUGGUCUGCACCAGGGCCGCCAGGCUGACCUGAACACCAUUGUGCAUCAGAUCAACCAAUUCUGCCAAGCUCGGGCCCAGGGUGCAGGAACCACCUCCAUGUGUGAGGGCCAGAUCGCCAACCCCAGCCCCAUCAGUCGUAACCUGCUUAUCAGCGCCUGUUCCAGGGUGUCCAUGCACAGUAACCCUGCUACCCCUGGCUUCCCCCCGCCCAACUGCAUCAUUGGCUCUCAAGAAAAAGCCACAGCCCCAGUGGGAACGCACCCUCCACCCAGUGUGGCUGCUAUGAACCACUUGCCUUCCAACCACACUGAUCUCAAGCAGCAGCACCAGCUGCAGCAGCAGCAUCUGCAUCCACAUCAGAAUCAGCAGCAGCAACAGCUACAACAUACCACACAACAGCAGCAGAAGAUGCGCUCUUGGAAUCAGCAUCAGUUGGCUCAUGUGCCCCACAUUCAGAACGGUGGGACCCACCUCUGCAAGCAGCCUUCCAGGGACCCCACCUUCCAUUUUAAGGGUAUGGGCUACCCUGCAGAGGUGUGUGUGGGUCAGCCUUACUCACUAAAACCCCCUGUAGAGAGGCCCACUCCCUCCCCACCUGUCAACAACGGUAUGCCCGGCCCCAUGGCCCACUAUACUAAUGGUCACUACUUCCAGUCACAUAUUUGGAACAGCAGCAUCCUACCCACACCCAACAGUGACAGCUCCGGGUCUCAGGACAUAGCCAUGCCAUUCCACGGUGCAGGCCCAGGAGGGUGCACCACACUAGACUGUGGGCCCCCUGGGGCUCCCCAUUACCGGCUAGGAUCAAGCUCCUCCACCUCCUCCUCAGCCCAGACUAAUCUGAUGCAAACAGCAGAUUACUUGGGUGGGGACUUCCAGACGCCCUAUUUCCGCGAUCAGAAUCUAGGGUUGAUGGGCAAGAUGCACAGGCCCCCUCUGAGCAGGGUAGGUCCAGAGGUUGGGGAUGGCAGAACCGCUCUCAUCCAGCACCCAGGGUACAGAUAAGCUAUGGCCUUGUCUCCACAACUGUUAUCAACACCCUUUGUUUAGUCUUAAGAAAGGAAACACAUGAAUAAAACUCAUAACUUAAGCAAAUGACUGCUAAUGUUAAAGAGGGUAAAGUAAUAUAUUUAAUGAAGAUCAGUAGUUUUUUUUUGUUUUGUUUGUUUAAUCUUGCAAGUGAUCAAUUGCUACUUUUAGGUUUGUCAAGGAGUGCUUCUACCUGGCACUUAACUUUAUCAUACUUUUUAUUACCUGCUUUUUCCUUGAUUAUAUUUGUCAAUCUGUGUGCCUGGAUCUUAAGUGAUCCUGUGUCAUUUCUACUUCAGACCUGUCGCUAAAGUUUCCUUAUGCAUGCAAGAAAGAAAAGCAGAUCCCUCUCUGAAAACAGUCUACUGAUAGAUUAUUUUCUUUCUUUAACAGGACCAUGUCAGGAAAUCUUUGGCUCUGACUAGUUUUAUUAAAUUUUCAUUUUGAAGAUUAAACACAGUCACUUCAGGACAGAGCAGAGAGUAAUGAUCACGUUUCAGUGCAAAGCCAUCAGUUAUGGAAAUCUACAAAGUACAGCUGGAGUCUGUUCCAGGAAGCAGGUUCAGUUCAUUUGAGUUGAUGGGAAGCUCAGUUUGUGCUUGCAGGGCAGCCGGGUCAAUCAGCUCUGAGUACGUUCACCCUGAGUUAUGUGUGCGUUUAGGUAAUGAGGAAAAAAAAACAAAAAAAAAACAGUCAUCAGUGGAGCUCCGGUAACAGGAUUCACUAUGGCAACGGGUAAAUAAAGAGCAGAGCCUCCAUUUUUAAUCCAGUGAGCGCUAGAAAUAUGAAUGUGUCAGUCUGUCACAUUUUUUAUUAAAACAAAAAAUUAACAGUUACAUUUUAUCCAGCAUUGUCAUAAUUUAUGCAGUUGAAUGAUACAGUUGGAAUCCUAUCUUUUUAUAGCAUAAAAUAUCUGAAAAAAUAAUGACACUUAUUCGCUUGUAACCUGAAGGCUAAAUUACAGGUGAUAGCAGCUGAAUAUCAGAAUAUGGAUCAACCAGAUAUGAUUUGGCAUUUAAUUAUUGCAACAUCAGUCUGUUAUAAUGAUUUUGGUCAUUCGCAGUUGUGUUACAUUUGCUCAGUAGCAGUUAUUGACCUUAUUUCAUCAGAUAUUUAAAAUGCUGUUGGAACACAUUUAGACUGUCUCAGUACCCCAGUCAUCCUCACUCAGUCAUCUUCACCAUCAUAUGCCACUGUGAUUAAAUGGGGUGUAGGAGUCUUUAUCAAGUAUAUGAUAGGAGACAAAUGAUUGUCUAAAGCAUCAUUCAGAUGUUUUUUUAUUUAAACAGGGAUUAUAUCAGUGAUGUGCGGUUUAGCUAAGAACCUGACGGCUACCUUACUGUCUGCAGAGUUAUAAAGAUUUUAUUCUGAGCUCAGAUUAAAUCUACUGUCCACAGAUCGCUGUCUGUCAGAUCAGUGGACUUGAUAAGAGUCCUUGGGUAACAAAGUUAAUAUUCAACCAGAAGAACUGUUAGGCCCAAAUGUAUGUAAGAGACUUGAUUUGAAAAGUAACAUCUAGUUUCUCAAACUAUGUUUUGCUAAAAUGCAACCUAACUCUAACUCUAACUAGGCUAAAGAAAACCUGCAAGUUAGGUUCACGGUCAGUUAUGCCAGUAACUGACCCAGAGUUUAAGUGAUGCUUCCCUCACCUCAAGGUUAACAAACUUACGUUCUGGCUGAACCUGCUUUCUGUAAUAGGCCUCAGGCAGAGCUUGCAGUAUGCACAUGUGCACAAAGGGUUUAUUGUUUUUAAAUGUAAUUAUUUGUAUAAUAGGAUUCUUCAAGAUUGAUACCUCUCUGUCACUUAAAGAAGUGUGUAAUCAGGUUGUUUGUACAUAUUAAAGUUCCCGCAGGGAGCGAACAAGUUUAAAAAGUUGACGCUUUGGUCCUGCUUCAAAUGCUGCAAUGAAUUCAGGUGUUUAAAAAAACAAAA